CUCAUUUUCUCCUCUCCACAUCUCUCGCACUCAAUAAGCUACCAUGUCUGCUUUUGUCGGCAAAUACGCAGAUGAGCUGAUCAAGACGGCCAAGUACAUUGCAACACCGGGAAAAGGCAUUUUGGCCGCAGACGAGAGCACAGAAACCAUUGGGAAACGAUUCGCCAACAUCAAUGUUGAGAACAGUGAGUCCAACCGGCAAGCUUACCGCCAGCUCCUCUUCACUUCCCCUGGCAGUUACCCUUGCCUCUCUGGUGUUAUACUAUUUGAGGAAACCCUCUAUCAGAAAACCUCUGAUGGCAAACCCUUCGUGGAUCUCCUCAUGGAGAACGGUGUGAUCCCUGGAAUCAAAGUGGACAAGGGUUUGGUUGAUCUAGCAGGGACCAACGGCGAGACCACUGCUCAGGGUCUAGACUCGCUUGGUGCACGUUGCCAGGAGUAUUACAAGGCAGGAGCCCGGUUUGCUAAAUGGCGUGCAUUCUUCAACAUUGGGGCCACCGAGCCAAGCGAGCUCUCUUUCCAAGAGAACGUCAAGGGGCUAGCCCGCUAUGCCAUCAUCUGCCAGGAGAAUGGACUUGUCCCGAUCGUCGAGCCAGAAGUGCUGACCCGUGGGAGCCACGACAUCAAGAAAUGUGCGGCGGUGACCGAGAUGGUUCUUGCUGCCGUGUUCAAGGCCUUGAACGACCAUCAUGUCCUCCUCGAAGGCAUCCUGCUUAAACCUAACAUGGUCACCCCCGGCUUCGACAGCCCAAAGCUUGCACCAGAAGUAAUCGCGGAAUACACGGUGACUGCUCUGCGCCGCACAGUCCGACCAGCUGUUCCGGGAAUCGUGUUCCUCUCAGGCGUGCAGCGCGAAGAGCAAGCGACACUAAAUCUAAACGCAAUGAACAAGCUUGAUGUGUUGAAGCCAUGGACGCUCACUUUUUCUUUCGGCGGAGCUCUCCAGCAAAGCGCUCUCAAGACUUGGGCCGGUAAGACCGAAAACGUAGCCAAAGCUCAGGCCAAGUUCCUGAUUAGGUGCAAGGCUAACUCGGACGCUACCCUCGGGAAAUACACCGGUACUUCUGGUGACUCCGCCACCUCUGAGUCGUUGGAUCCGAUCAUAGGAUACAGGUACUAGGAUCGUUUGAGAACGGGUGUUCGCUUUUGAUGUGGUUUUGAGUAUUAUAUGUCAAAUGUUUCGUGGGAGUUUAACUAUUUAAAUGUUCAAUUUGCAAACUAAUAGUAAUCAUUGUUUUAUAUCCAUUUACUGUCAAACUCUAGAUGUUAGUUAA